UACGAUUAACAGAACACUUCUUUUGUUAUGAUUUAGACUUUGCUAAUCUGAUCACACUCCAGACCCUUUUCAAGGCUGCCAUUCAACACCACUUUCUCUGCCUUAAUUUCUUUCUCAGUUAUGUGGUCGUUCGGGCAAUUAGAUCGCCGCCCAAACAGGAGGGGGGCGUGCUCCUCCUCCUUGAGGUCCUCCCCUUCCUCCACUGUCCUCCCCCAACCGCCGAAGCGCCGCACCAUGGAGGAGCUGUGGAAGGACAUAAGCCUCAACGCGUCUUCCUCUGCACUCGACCAACAUGGUCUUUACCACCACCGCCACCCAGCCGACUCCUCGUCGCCUCCCUUUCCUAACAUGGUACUCCAAGACUUCCUCGCCGGACCGCUGAACCGGCCGCCUUACCUGAAGCCAGCCGCCGCAGAGGAACUACCGUUCCAGCCUCCCGAGGCCGCCCUCAGCCUCGGCUCCGGUCUGGAGUUCCAGCUCCUGGGCGAGCCCGAUCAGACUAAAGCUCAGUCCAAUUCCAGCUCCAACAAUGUCGCCAGCAACGCCAGCAACGUCUCCUUCAUUUCCUCUGCUUUGCCUGUCGGCCCGCCCUCCCCGACCGCGCUCUUCUCGUUCUGCUCCAGAAAGAGGUCGAAAGAGAGCCCGGGAGCCGCGGACCGCUGCCAAAAGAGAAUGAUCAAGAACCGAGAAUCCGCUGCAAGAUCGCGGGCGAGGAAGCAGGCAUACACCAUCGAGCUAGAGUUGGAGGUUUCCCAGCUCAAGGAGGCGAAUGCCAAGCUGCUAAGGCAAAACGAAGAGUUGAAGAGGAAUCAGGUGGCCGUGGUGACCAAAACUACCCUGCAAAGGAGCUCGACAGCACCAUUUUGAGGAGGAACAUGGAAGAUCAGAGAAGAGAGGAGAAGAGAAGAGAAGGGGCGAGAGACCAUUUGAGGUGCAGCAUGGGAGAUUAAUUCCUCCAUUAUUCUCCGCUAUCAUUCUGACUCUUUUCUGUUUGUGUGAUGGUCUUGCCGACAUUUAGUACACGCUCUUACAUUUUAACUGAGACAUCAA